AGUUGAAACACACCUCUAAUAAACCUACUAGUCUUCUCUCCUAAUUCAUCAUCUUCGCCAGAAACACUGACUCUUGUUGUUAUAUCUCUUUCUACCCAAAGACACACAUCAUCAGCCAUGUUAAGGCCAGUUCUUGCUCCUCCUAUUAGGCAUCGUCAGCGGUGGCAAGAGAGCUGGGCACGCUUGAUAGCCCCUUUGACCUUAUGGAUAUGUGUUACUGUGAGUCUAAGAUAUGGUUACUAUGGGGAUUAUCGCAUGGUGCUUGGACCCAGUUCAUCAAGAUUGAUGAAAGCAAGUUCUGUGUUUGUAAAGCAGGUUGAAGUGAGAGAUGAUGACAGGAAAGGGGUUCUUCUUUAUGGGUUUUCUGAGAAGCCUGAAUUGAGGUUGGAAACCAAUUGGAGCGUUUCAAAGUUUUUGAUUGUUGGAUCUUACAGUCGCAAGGGGUUUUCUUUGUGGUUGAACAAAGGCUCCAGAAUCCAUAUGAGAUUGGACACUCAGAGUACAAGUCUAAAUCAACUCCAAGUGGUUAUGAUUAAGGGAGAACGAAAAUUUCAAACAUUGCUGCCCAAACUCACCAGUUCCUCAGAAUCAUUUGCCCUUACUGACACAAUAACUGGUAAAGUUGCUGAAUACACUAUUGAAGAAGAUGACAGGUACUAUAUUGGUGUCCUUAACACAAAUCCCAAAAGUAUAAUAAUGCCAAUGAGUGUAAAUGUUACAUCCAAAUUGUAUGAUCUAACGAAAGCAAAGAACGUCUGUUCAACAUUAAAGGGAUCAUGCCGGCUCCAACUCUUGUUUCCCAAUACUCAUUAUGUCAUACUAACAACACCCAACAAUGGGGAUCUAGAUGGAUGGUAUGUUGAACUAUCUUUUGUUGCUCGAGUGAUAACCUACAUAGCAAUUUUAGGAUUUAUCAUAAUGGUUAUUUUUCUGAUAUUGAAAUACCUUGGAGCUUGCGAUGUUGAGGAGGAUAACUUAGGAGAUACAGCGAUAAGGGAAAUAUCUGAGACUGACCCUAUAAUACCUGAGAAGCCAGUUCAAUACACGUAUGGAACAAAUGAAGAAGAUGAUGAUGGAGGAUCGUCUAGCAGCUCUUCGGAGGAUUUGUAUGAUGCAAAAUUAUGUGUUAUUUGUUACGAUGACCAACGAAACUGCUUCUUUGUUCCAUGUGGGCACUGUGCAACCUGCUAUGACUGUGCUCAGAGGAUUAUGGAGGAGGAUAGUAAGAUGUGUCCAAUAUGUCGCAGGCUUAUUCACAAAGUUAGAAGAUUGUUUACCCCGUAGAGCUAAAAUGAGCUAGGAAAAUUGUGUGAUUGUGUUUGAGAAGAAAUUUGAUGUGAGUAGAGUGUAAAGGAUUUUUUUUUCCCUGGAUAGAGUGAGUGCUUUUAUUUUUU